UACAUUGCCAGUCGUCAAACCGUUCAAACAUAGUUGUUUCCCUAAAUUAUUAUUUUGUGCCAGUGCUUCUUGAAAGUUCAUUUUGUUUGACUAAGGAUCUAAUAGCGCUAGGCCAGCUUCGGGCCACAAUCCGCACUGGUGGAUGAAGGUGCUGAUAAUCUGUUUGGCCUUUGCGGCUAUGAGCCUCGCCAUGCCCGUUGCGGAGGAGAAACAAGAAACACCCGUCACACCAGUUGCUGUGGCGGAGGCAAAGUCAGGAGAAGAAAAGGUACAAAAUGAUGCACAACCAGCCAAAGUAGAUGAGAAAAAAGCUGAUCCUGAACCAGCCAAAAAGGAGGAAAGCAAACCAGUAGAACCUGAAGCUAAAAACGCAGAAUCACCUAUUGAAGCUGCUGUCGAAUCGAAACCCGAUGUGAAAGAAGAUGCCAAGGAAGAAGAAAAGAAGGCAGAAAUACCGGAAGUCAAGUCUGAGGAACCAGCUAAAGAAGACGAAAAGAAAGCAGAAGAAGCAAAACCCGCUGAAGUAAAGCCAGAGCAAAAAAUUGAGAUCCCUGAACCCAAAUCUGAACCAGAAUCAAAAUCUGAGGAAUCUGAAGCAAAGGUAGAAGAAGUCAAAGAGCCAGCACUUAAAUCUGCGAUCGCCGAAGGUUUUGACGUAGUCAGUGCAGUAAAGAACCCUGCUGCAGUCGCCGAUGAUCCUAUUGAUGCAGCUGCAAUAAGUCCCAUCACCGCAUCACAGCCAGCCAUUGCCCCUAAAAUAGCUGAACCCGAGGAGAAAAAGGAUGAGACACCAGCUCCUGAAGAACCAGCUUCAAAAAGUGGAGAUGUUGCGGAAAACUCACCGGCUGAGUCGAAAUCAGAAGAAAAAAAAGAAGAGCCAUCUGCUCCUUCUACUCCGGUUGAACCGAAAUCUAGCGCCGCCGGUGUGGUUGCUGACGAAGCACAACGAGUGGUUCGAGAUGCUGUAGAAGAAAAGAAAGAAGAUAUUCCAAAGCCAGAAAGUAAAUCUGCAGAAGUAGAGAAACCAGAAGAAAAGCAACCCGAAGUUCCUGAGAUUGCGGCCAAAUCUGCACCCAGUGAAGAGCCAAAAGAAAAGAGUGAGAAAGUCGAAGAGAAAGUAGAGAAGGUCGAAAUUGCAGAGAAGGCAGGCGAAGCACCUGCAGAACCUGCAAAGGAAUCAGGUGACGUCAAGGCUGAAGUCAAGGAAGGUGACUUAGCGUUAGGAGACGCUUCAGCUAAGAGCAGCUCUGAGGAGAGCGGAGAAAGUGGGGAGAACAAGGAGAAGGACUCAUCAGAGGAGAGCGGCGAGAAAUUGGAGAAUUCUAGCCCAUCCUCUUCUUAGAUAAACAAAACUGUGCAGGCGGUGGGCGUGUGUCGACAGCCAAUGGUUCUCGACACGCGCCCUUUGCCAACAAGCGAGUAGGAGCCUAGAGCUCAACGCUGUGCGUUUGUGAUGAUCCCCCGCAUUAGCCGGCCAAAAGCCGUAUUCGCGUGAAUGUCAGACUAGUUAGAGACUUAUUUAAAUAGGAAACUAAAGAAUUACCUACGUUGUAAUUAUUUGCAAAUAAAUUAUCGAAUUUCCGGUACUCUAAGUAAUAAAUAAAUACGUUUUUUA